UGUGGACGCUCGUUUUGCUCUUGACAGGACGUUCCCUACCGCCCUUGGGGACCCGAGCGCUGGGCCAGGGCCGCUUCCCAGGCGCCUCUUCGGGACCCACCGGGGAGGACAGUGAGGAGGAUGGGGCCGACGUCCGCGCCUUCGCGCGAGCCGUGACCCCCGCCUCCGUCCCCGCCUGGCCCCCGUGCGCGUUUACACGGGGGAGGCUGAGGCUCUGAGUGCCACGGGCUUCGGGCGGCGGGCAGGCUCCGGCCCCGUGGAGUGUGGGGCCCGCUGAGGCCGCGGGCUUGCCCGGGUCCUAUGGCGGCGGCGCUGAUGGACCCGGAGCGGGUGAGUGGGGGGUGCCCGCGGCCUCAUUCAUUCGGACCCCCACACACGGUGCGAGACUCCACGAAGGGGGCGGGGGCGUCCCUGGACCCCCCGCCUCCUUCGCCUCUCUUUCUUGGCUGCCGGAGGCUCUAGGGUCACUCCAAGCCCGAAGUCCUGAGUCCUAGCCAUGGGCCAUGUGGAAAGGUCCUCAUUUCUAGAGUCCAGUGGGACGAGGUGUGGGAAGCUGUUUCAGGCACAGGGACCAGGGCGUGCAAACGCUAGCAGUGUUCAGGGAGCCGCAGGUCUCCCUUCUGUUUGGUGGACAGGAGUCAGGCCUGGCAUGGCAGCCCGAGGAGGUUGGCCUGUAAUGUGAGGGUGGUGGGAGCCACGGAAGGUUAGGAGUAGAGGAGGGAGGGGAUCCGACUCACGUUCACGCUCCUUCUGGCUGCCGAGUGGAAAACAGACAGGGGGGUGGGGCGGUGAGGGCGAGGGAAGAGAAAGGGAGGCCCAUAAGGCUGCUACUGUAAUAGAUCAGGCGAGUGAUGGUGGCUUGGUCAGAGUGGUGACUGGAGUUGGGAGAAGUGGUUAGAUUUUGGGUCCGCCUUUUAAGUUAAGCCAGCCAGAUUUUUUUUUUUUUUCUUUUGGUCUGCUGGGCAACAUUUACCCUGAGUUAACAUCCCUUGUCAAGCUUCCUCUGUUUUGUACGUGAGCCACCACAGCGUGGCCACUGACAGACGAGUGGUGUAGGUCCAGCCCAGGAACCGAACCUGGGCCACCAAAGCAGAGCGUGCCGAACUUAACCCUUAGGCCACCAGGGCUGUCCCGUAAGCCAACUAGGUUUUUAUGAUGUGGAGGGUGAGAGAGAAGUGGAGGAGGCAGGGAGGUCCCCAGGGAGUCUAGCUUCAGCAACUAGAAGGCGGAAGUGCAUCCACAGAGACGGGGAAGUUGGUGAGUUGAACAGGUUUCAGGGAAUAUCAGGAGGUGGAUUUUGACCAUCCUGAGACUCCCGAGUGGACGUCUCGAACGGGCAGCUGGACACGCAGGUCUAAGUUAUGUUCAGGGAUUUGGCUUGGAGACAUCCAUUCGGCAGUACCAGCCUGUGAACAGAGAUGGAACCCUGGUUCAGGUUUAGGAGGGGGCAUCUUUAGGUCCUGGUGAUGGGUGCCUUACUGGGGCAGCUGAGCACUGGGUGGCUGGCCUGGGUACCUGGGCAGGAGUGGUGGGCAUGAUAAAGUUGGAUGAAGGGAGGAGCAGCCAUGAGGGAAGGUGUGUGUGGGAGAGGUGGAUCCAGAAGGUCCCAGGGGCGGAAGCUGAGGCAUGUUGGAGAGGGAGAUGACAGCCCUUAGAGGGGCUGGUGCUCACCCCUCUAUGGACUUACUGGCCUUGGCCACUCUAUGGGGCCUGGUGGUUUCAGUGAGGAUGGAGGAUUAGCUCAAUGGCAGACAGUCAGCUGGGAAUGUCCCAGGCCCAGGGUGGGAGGUGGUGGGACUGGGCUUUGAAUGUGCAUUAGGAGGAGAAAGGAAUGCUGUGGCUGGUGAGGGGACAGCAAGGGGAAAGGCAGAGAGGCCUGAAAGUCUCUGAGAUCCUUGUGUGGUCUGGGUGGCUGAGGGUUGAAGGUAGGAAUAGGACCAGUUGGAGAAACUACGAAGGAAGGGCUGGGUGCCACCCUUGGCAGUUGGGACUUUUGGAAGUCUGGGUCAGGACGGGCUCCUGGUUGACCUCACGAGGUAGCCAGGCUCUGGCCACCAUUUGCAGAGUGGCAUGUGGGGCAGCCGGGAGAUACCCAUUGUGUGGGCCAGAAGAUGGUGGUGGGGUCUGGAGAUGUGCCAUACAAAGACUGAUGUGCAGGUGCAGAGGCAGUGUGAAUCAAUGGACUGGGGUCCUGGUACUGGAGCCUAUGGGAGAACGCUGUCCUCGUAUUGGCAGGGCUGGGGGACCUUUGAGGAUGUGGCUGUGUACUUCGCCCAGGAGGAAUGGGACCUCCUUGAUGAGGCUCAGAGGCACCUGUACCGCGAUGUGAUGCUGGAGAACUUGGCCCUUGUGGCCUCGCUGGGAUGUACAUCUUCCAAGUCCCAUGUGGCUGCCCAGCUGGAAGAGGGCAAAGAGCCCUGGGUGCUUGACAGGGUGGAUGUGUCUCCAGCCAUUGCAAGAGAGGCCGGGAGGGAGCCUGGCUCUGGUUGUUGGUGUGUAGUGGAGGAUGCCGCUCCUGAGUGGGGUGUUUCUAUAGAAGGAGUGCUCCAGUUCAGGACCCCUAAGGCAGGUCCUUCCACCCAGAAGGCCAACACCUGUGACAUGUGUGGUCCAGUCUUGAAAGAUGUAUUGCACCUGGCUGAGCACCAGGGAGUACACCCCAGGCAGAAACUGUACAAGUGUGAGGCAUGUGGGAUAGGUUUCUGGCUCAGUGCAAACUCUCACCAGCAACAGAAGGAGCACAGUAGAGAGAAACCCUUCACAUGCAGGGAGUGUGGUAAGGCUGUCCUGGAUAGCCACAACCUCCUCCAGCACCAGGCCACCCACAGCAGGGGGAAGCCAUGCAGGAGCACUGAGCGCAAGGCCUUCCCACCCAGCUCCAGUCACCAGCAACAGCAGGGAGUCCAAGCUGCACAGAAGCCCUUCAAGUGCAGCGACUGCGGGCAGGCCUUCCUGAAGGCCUUCGCGCUCCUUGACCACUUAACUCUCUCUGAAGAGAGACCCUUUAGAUGCCCAAAAGGUGGAAAUGCCCCCAAAGAGACAUCAAGCCUUAUUCAUUGCCCAAAAAUUCAAACUGGAGAAUCAUCCCAUGUGUGUAAGGAAUGUGGGAAGGCCUUCAGUGACCUGUUUAAACUGAGGACCCAUCAGAAAGUUCACACUGGAAAAACACAUCACAGUUGCAGUGAAUGUGGGAAAGCGUUCACCCGCAAACACUCACUUGUUCAGCACCAGAGAGUUCACACUGGAGAAAGGCCUUAUGAGUGUGGCCAGUGCGGGAAGGCCUUCACUCGCAGCUUCCAUGUUGCUCGGCACCAGAAAGUUCACAACACAGAAAGGCCCUAUGAGUGCAGACGGUGCCGGCGAGUCUUUAGCUGUAUCUCCAACUUUGUUGAGCACCAGAAAAUACACACUGGAGAAAGACCCUAUGAGUGCAAUGAAUGUGGGAAGGCCUUCAUUAACAGCUCUCAUCUUGUUCGGCACCAAAAAGUUCACAACACAGAAAGGCCUUUUGAGUGCAACAAGUGUGGGAAAGCCUUCCGGCAAACCUCCAAGCUCAUUCUGCAUCAAAGGAGUCACACUGGAGAAAGACCUUAUAAGUGCAACCAAUGUGGGAAAGCCUUUAGCUGCCCCUCCAACCUUGUCCCACACCAGCGGAUUCAUACUGGAGAAAAGCCUUAUGAGUGCUCUGAGUGUGGGAAAGCCUUCAGUCAAAGCUCUGCCCUCAUUCAGCACCAGAAGGUUCACACCAGAGAAAGGCCUUAUGAGUGCAGUGAAUGCGGGAAAGCCUUCAGCUACAGCUCUAAUCUCAUUAAGCACCGGAAAGUUCACACUGGAAAAAGGCCUUAUGAGUGCAGCCAGUGUGGGAAAGCCUUCAGCGAAAGCUCCAUCCUCAGUCAGCACCAGAGAGUUCACACUGGAGAAAAGCCCUAUGAGUGUAAUAAAUGCGGAAAAGCUUUCCGCUACAGCUCAAACCUCUCUAAGCACCAGAAAGGUCACACUGGAAGGGAGCCUUCUCAGUGCAGUGGACAUAGAAAUGCCUUCAGCUGGAGCUCCAGCCUCCCUCAGCACCAGAAAGGUCAUACCAGAGAAAGGCCUUAGGAGUGU